CUGGGAACCUAUCCGUAGGAAGCUAUCCACGCAUGCGCAGUGUUUGUUUACAAAUUAGCAAUGUGGCUACGUUAUUGUCCACGCUUCAUGAUUAUACGGAGGCAACACAUCGAAUUAUCCACCUCAGCACAGUUUGUCCAGCAGCUUAAUACAAGUCGGAGGGAUCGUUCUCACAGCUACUAUGAUGGCGUUUACCACGGACACAUCCAGACUACUCCCUUUCAGAAAGCCUUGCUGGCUGUUGGCUCAGGUGUGGCAGCUCUGCAGGACCCAUAUAGACACGACAUGGUUGCAGUCCUUGGAGAAACCACAGGUCACCUCGCUCUCGUCAGCCUCAGGGACAGAAUGAGAAAUGACCCUGAAGGCCUCACGAUCCUAACAGAAAGACCACGGAUUCGUCUCUCCACUCUAGACCUGAAAAACAUGGCCUCCUUACCCGACGGGUCUUUCGGAAGAGAAUAUCUCCGUUUUCUGGAGGACAAUAGCGUGACCCCAGACUCCAGAACACAGGUGAGGUUUGUGGACGAUGAAGAGUUGGCCUACGUCAUGCUAAGAUACAGAGAGGUUCAUGACUUGAUGCACACGUUGCUGGGAAUGCCCACGAAUAUGCUGGGUGAGGUGGUAGUGAAAUGGUUUGAAGCGGCACAGACGGGUCUUCCGAUGUGUGCUUUGGGAGCUGUGUUGGGCCCACUUCGACUUAAUGCAAGGCGUCUACAAUCACUGUUCACCUCUUUGGGUCCUUGGGCUUUGCGGAACGGGAGGAGAGGCCGUUGUGUCCUCAGCAUUUUCUACGAGAGACGAUGGGAUCAGAACCUUGAGGAUCUCCGGCAGGAGCUCCACAUUGAGCCUCCUCCUGCCACGCUCCACCCAUCAAGGAAGACCUGAAAUAACUUAGGGAAAUGGGGGCUGACAUUUAAAGAUAGCAUAGAGGAACGUUAGUGGCUACUGAUCGGAAAUAGUUUGAGUAUGUUGCCGUGGGAGUUUUUUUUAUAAGGAUGUAAUUAAUUGGAGAGGAAGUACGGUAGGAAACUCUAGUCUUUGCUAAUUCUGGCUUGUUCCAGCUCAAGCCCUAGUUUGUCCCCAUAACCUUUGAUCUGGUGAAUCACCAACUGUGAAUCAUGUCAGUAUAAUGCAUCAUGUGGUUUAAAUAAAAUAUGAUAAAUUAUUUAAAA